AGCUCGAGAGAAAAGCGGAGAAGAGUAGACACCAUUUCUCUCUCAGCGUCUUUGGACUAUCCUUGCGAAGGCAAAGAGCCAAGAAAUAUAAAUCUUUUUCUGAACAGGAUUAUUAUCAUCCACAUUAAUACACCAAAUUAGCCAUGGCCGACACAGCUGUUGACACGACCGUAACUGCAGAAGUUACAGCCAAGGAGCUGAAAGAGAAGAAAGAAGUAGAAGUGGAGGAGGAGAAGAAGACCGACAACGGGGACGCACCUGCCAAUGGCACAAAUGGUGCCGAUCACAGUGACAAAGUCGAAGAACCCGCAGAGGAGAAACACAAGAAUGGAGAUGAGAAUGCAGAGGAGGCGCCCCCUGCUGAGGAGACUGAUGCACAGCCUGUGAAGCGUGCAGCUGAAGAGGAGGAGGAAAAGGUGGAGACAAAAAAGCAGAAGACAGAGGAAAAUGGAGAUUCAAAAGAGGCAGAAGUGGAGGCUUAGGUCUCUGCUCUGCUACUCGUUUGCAGCACUGUCUUACCAGCCUGGUCAACAUCGUGUUGUAGAGCUUGUGCUUUCUGUACCUUUGGGAAAUAUUUCUUUUUGUUUGCUCCCAUGUUAUCACAUUGCACUGGAGUCCUGAAACAUAGUGGCCCUGCAUCCUUUUUUAUGAAAUGUUAUUUAUUGGUCUUUAAAAUGAGCUUUUUUUUUACUUGUACAAAUAGGGCCACACCAUGAGAUCAGUUUUUUUCAUUUCUUGAGGUUUUAUAUCGGUAUGUUAGAAGCACAAUCUCUAUGUCAGUGCUGACCAGAUGAUUCCUUCAUACAGGCAGCUGCUCACACCCUCCAAGGCUCAUGUUGACCUCUCAGAUUUACUUAAAGGACCAAAGAUAAGUUUUAAGCAGGGGCUAAUGGACAGUUGUUAGCAUUAUUAGUUGAGGCAUCAUUUUUUGUGUUGAGCUGCUAUUUAAUCCUUGGCUUGGCUGCCCUGUUAGCAUAACAGAUGGUGCAAAUGAAUAAAGGGGCUCUGUUUUGCACCUCCACAAUAAGAUUACUUGAUCUUGUUUUUUGGAGGCAGGAUUUUUGCAAUGUUAAUUAACCCCUCUUAAAUCUUAAAGCUUUGGUCAUUUGUUCUGUAUGCAUUCCACGCAAGUUUGUACCAUUUAUACUUUUGUUUUUCUUACGUUUCCAAUGAGUUUUAUGUCAUGGCUGGGUAGCCCAGUUUUGUGUCCAAGACUGCCUUUUUCAGAACCAGAAUGACAUUCGGUUACUUCAGCCACUGCUUUGUAUAUUCUGACUGACAAAUAAAUUGUCUUUUUACUUAAGUAUA